AUGUCGGAAUUCCAAUUCAGCAUCUCCCAUAACUCCCCAACUGUGAUUAGAAGGGUGAAAAACAAAGUGAACAUCGGAGAAUCUGACACUGAAAAUCAGAAUAACAAGUCGGUGAAGUAUACCACCAGUUUAGUCAUAAGAGACUCUGGUGAACUUGAGUCAACCCUGGAGCUCCAGAAAAAUGACUUGGCUGGUUUGUCUACCAGUUCAAUUAUGGAACAGCAGCUGCCACUCAGGUGUAAUUCCCACCUAGAGGAUAGUUUCACAUCCACUGAAGAAUCUUCCGAAGAAAAUGUCAACUUUUUGGGUCAGACAGAGGCCCAGUACCACCUGAUGCUGCACAUCCAGAUGCAGCUGUGUGAGCUCUUGCUGUGGGACUGGAUAGCCGAGAGAAACAAGCGCAGCCGGGAGUGUGUGGACGAGUCUGCCUGUCCUUAUGUUAUGGCCAAUGUUGCAACAAAAAUUUUUCAAGAAUUGGUAGAAGGUGUGUUUUACAUACAUAACAUGGGAAUUGUGCAUCGAGAUCUGAAGCCAAGAAAUAUUUUUCUUCAUGGCCCUGAUCAGCAAGUAAAAAUAGGAGACUUUGGUCUGGCCUGCACAGACAUCCUACAGAAGAACACAGACUGGACCAAUAGAAACGGGAAGAGAACGCCAACACAUACGUCCAGAGUGGGUACUUGUCUGUACGCUUCACCUGAACAGUUGGAAGGAUCUGAGUAUGAUGCCAAGUCAGAUAUGUACAGCUUGGGUGUGAUCCUGCUAGAGCUCUUUCAGCCAUUUGGAACAGAAAUGGAGCGAGCAGAAGUUCUGACAGGUUUAAGAACUGGUCAGUUGCCGGAAUCCCUCAGUAAAAGGUGUCCAGUACAAGCCAAGUAUAUCCAGCACUUAACGAGAAGGAACUCAUCGCAGAGACCAUCUGCUGUUCAGCUGCUGCAGAGCGAACUUUUCCAAACUUCUGGAAAUGUUAAUUUCACUCUACAGAUGAAGAUAAUAGAGCAAGAAAAAGAAAUUGCAGAACUAAAGAAGCAGCUAAACCUCCUUUCUCAAGACAAAGGGGUGAGGGAUGACGGAAAGGAUGGGGGCGUGCCUGUCUAACCUUCCUCAGGCUAUAUCUGUAGGACGAAAGUGGACUUAACUUUUAAGGUAGUUAACUGGAAUGUAAAUUUUUAAUCUUCAUUAGGGUAUAGUUGGUAUAAUUCUUAGUUGUAUUUAGUAAGCCUUUACAAGACUUAUUAAAGAUGUCAGAGUGC